AUGCGCACAUUCUACUACGGCAACACAAAUGCGCCAAUCCUCGGCUUCUGUGUACAUGCUCCGGGACGACGUAGCGAUCCUCACGAGAGGCGGCCUCUUAUCACCCGCAAGCUGUUCGGGGAGCGCAAGUAUGCACGCAUGUACCCAUUCAAGAGGCACUCGUCGUCCACGACCGGAUUUAUGGACCUUCCUGGCGAACUGCGGAACGAGAUCUAUGCUCUGGCAGGAGUAACUCAAGGCAACAUCUUUGAGCUGCUUCCUCUCCCCGUUCCCUGCAAUUGGAUUCAAGGUCGCAAAGACGCCAGCGAGACGAAGACUGCGACGGGCAAGGAGAAAUGCGGAAAGGCGCGGGAGAAGGCUGCAGAGGCUGGUGAGGACGAGGAGGAGGGGGUGGAGAAGAUUCGUAAGUACAAGGACGUGGCCGCGCCGUUGACUGAGUAUGAGCGUGCUGCGGCCGAGUAG